AUGCGUGGAGCCCCCGAGGAGACGUUCCACGACGGCACCUGGGCCGAGGCCCUCAGGGUCCACGGCGCGGACGCAGCAGCGUCACAGAGUCAGCCUGAGGGAGCGAGACAGCCUCGCAGCAGCGAGGAGAGAAGCGAGCCACAGUCGCUCUCCACAGGAAGAGGGGGACGCGCAGCCGUCCACAGAGCCGCAGCGGCGCCUGGAGACACUCGUGAGGGGCGGCCUGGCGACAGCGGUGGGCGGAGGCCUCACAGCAGAGACGGCAGAAGGCAAAGCACGCGUGAGGCCAAGACCUGGGCAGAGGCGGAGCGGCUAGCCUGCGGCGGCGAAGAGGAGACACGUGGUGUGUCGGCGUCCUGUUGGCGUUGCCACUUCAUUCGAGCCCUGGCGUUUUUUGGUGGCGAGUUCUUCACGGCGGAAGCCGGCCUCACGCAGCUUCUCUCGUAUUUCCAACGAGGAAAUCGCUUCCACCGUCUCUGGUGUGGGGUCUCCCCCCCCUGUGGCCGGGCCGCCCCUCACGAGUGUCUCCUGUCUGCGAAUGUCUCAGAAGCUGCGGCCGACCGCGGCGCAGAGCUGCCUCCAGGGCAUCGGUUGCUCAUCGCGGCGGUUUUAAAGGCGUUCGCGGAGCCGCCGUUUGCGUUUUUCCCGAGCUUUGACCCGCGCGCACCCUUCUUCCAGGCGCCUGUCUUUUCGGGGCGACUGGACUCGCUACCGGAAGCGGAGACCUGUCACUGUGCGACUCGUGGAGAGAACCCGGAAUGCGCUGUCACCACUGACGUGGAGAAGGAGGAUCCGGUCCACGAGGAGCGGCCUGGCGCGGAUCGAGAUGCGUCAGCUGAGAAAAAACAGAAGGUGGAGAAGGCGAGCGGGAGUUCUUCCUCGUCUCCGCGUUCCGCCUCGUCUCCCUCCAGUAUGCCUCUGUCCCCUUCGCCUCUGUCGCCUCUUCAAGGGGGAGUUUCGGCCUCGCCCUGUGGUCUUCUCGCCUCUUCGUCCCGCGGUCACCCCUCCGCGUUGCUGUCCGCGGCUAGCGCGGCCGCCGGCGGGUCCCUCUGUCGACGCGUUCGCGUGUCUUGGCUAGCUGAGACCAAGGCGCGAGUCGACGCUCUGCACGCGGCGAGUUGGAGGUCGUUGCACGCGGGGAAAUGGAGCGAAGUUCCGCAGACGUUUCGCGGCCUCUACGCCCUCACGGCGCUGCUGCUCGGCGUCCUGUACGCUGCCAACGCAAGCGCCGCCAAGCUCCAGCGAACCAGAACGGAGAAACCGAGAGCCCAUAGGUCGGCGGCGGCGGCAACUGCGCCAGUCGGAGCAUGCAGCGCUGAAGGGAACUGGGCAGGAGAGAGAGAGAGGGAAUCGAAUAGAAGGUGCCGGCUAGGUUCUGGCGCGGUGGGAGCGCCAUCGGAUUGUGGAGAUGACGACACCGACAGCGGUGGAGACAGCGACGCCUCCGGAGGAGACGAAUCCGACGAGUCUGGAGAGCACUUGUCAGUUGCUGAACUGCCGCCGAGCCCCCCUCGCCACGGUGGCGGCUUCGCCCGUCUCGCCUUUCGGUACGCGGAUCUUGGGUUGAUUAUGGGCGGCCCGAACACGCCCGUGUACCGUCUGCUGCAGUCGCUCUUGACGAAGCUCGCUGAGGCAAAAGAAAACAGGUGGCGACUGCUUCCUCCUGCCGCUCAGUCCCCGCCUGCUGCGAAGGCUUGUCGGCGGUGCGCGUCCGAAUCCGACGAAAAAAAGCAGGGCCGUGCUGGGGGCAGUUCAGCUCGCGCGGAAGGGCGUCGAGACCCAGCUGGAUCCGUGGGCGGGUCUCUUGGGAGGUCGGCGACCUACAGUAGUCGAUGGGGCAUGCAGAUGGUUCCUCUGGUCGACGCGAGCGACCUCUCUUUCUCCGGCUUUCUGUCGCAGUUUUUCGCGCCGCAGCGUCCCGUGCUCAUUCGCGGCGGUGCCGCUCACUGGCCUGCUGUCGCCAAGUGGAGCGACUGGAGUUUUCUGAAGCAGAAACUGAGCGACAGGCUCCUGCCGGUCGAGGUCGGCCGCGCGUACACCGCCGAGGAUUGGACCCAGCAGCUCAUCCGCGGCGAGGCGCUGCUCUCGGCCGUCCUCGAGCCAGAGGAGGAGACGAGCGACGAGGCAGAAGGCCUUGAAGGCCCUGGAGGAAGGGCCGCGGUCGGCGGCGGUGAAGCGGCCGAAGUCAUCCAGCAGCAGGGAAGCGCAGACUUUCGGGCGGCGGACGGCGACGGGAAAACUGUGGGGCCUAGCGCGGAAAGUGGCUCUGCAGGCGCCGGCGGACCAGCAGCUGAAAGCCGCAGGCGUUCGGGCCGCGUUGCCCGCGCAGCCGAGGAGUCGCCGAGGCGACCGCGCCCUCCAAGGCCGCAGAGUACCCAGAGCGCGAAACGUGAACGAACGCGCAGAACGGCGCGCGCCGCAAGCGACGAAGAAGCCCCUGUGCUCUACAUGGCUCAGCACGCCCUGCUGGAGCAGGUGCCGGCGCUCGCAGCGGACUGUCCCGCGCCUGACUUCUUGCUCUGCGCUGCGAACUCAGACACGCUUAUUCGCCUCGCCUGGAUAGGGCCUGCAGGGACGGUGUCGCCCGCGCACACCGACGCGUGGCAGAAUUUCUUCGUUCAGGUCGUUGGGACCAAGCGCUUGCAGCUCUUCGCGCCUGACGCCUCCGCUUCUCUCUAUCCCUUCCCGAAGGGGCCGCUCACAAACACUUCGGGUGUUCCACUGGAGCUUUUCCUGGCAGAAGGCGACCCCGGGAGGCACGAAGAGGGCGAGGGCAGCCAGGCACAUGAGCCGGUCGACAGCUACUCUGACGGUGCCGGGAAGGGCAGCGAGGCGCAUGGCGGGGGCACCGCAGAGGCUGGAGAGGCAGACGAGGAAGGGCAGCGGCUAGCAUUCGCAAAGCGACGACGCCUGAACCUGCCGCCGCCUCGGCACGCGCCUUACGCGCCCGAGACGGAGACAGAGACAGACGGCCGUCUCGAGAGGCAAGCAGACAAGGCCACAGAUUCGGAAAGGGGGCAGGUACGGGCACAGGACAGAGAGGGCAAGCGUUCGCGGGACGUGUCGCACUCCGCGUCAGCGGCGACGACGGCAGGUGAAGGACACGAGGGCGCGCGCGAGUCAGACGCUGCAGGUAUGACACUUCUCGAUAGGAACGCGUGUGAUGCCGUUGGCGAAGAAGAUGACAGCAAGUGGUUGCAGGCGUCGUUUCCGCUGUUUGAUCGGAAGCGGGGUCUCGAGGCUGUUGUCCAUCCAGGAGACAUCCUUUUCAUUCCGAAGCUGUGGUGGCAUUUUGUGCGUGCCGAGACCGCCUCUGUGUCGAUAUCGAACUGGGUCGACUAG